CUAGUGGGUCACACAGUCCCUGGGCCAUCGCGUUGGGCCCUGACCCUGCCCUUCCCUCCGAUGCCCCCCGUGGGACUGGACAACGCAGGGAGGUCCACCAUCCUCUACCAGUUCCUGGUGAACGAGGCGGUCCACACCUUUCUGCGGGAGACUCACUUCCUCACGUGGGACGUGGGCGGCCAGGAGGCGCUGCGCUCCGCCUGGGACACGUACUUCUCCAGCUCCGAGUUCAUCAUCCUUGUGAUCGACAGCACGGACGGGGACUGGCUGCUGACCGCUCGGGAGGAGCUGGACAACAUGCUGGCCCAUGAGGCUCUGCGAGAUGCUUCUGUCCUGAUCUUUGCCAAUAAGCAGGACCUGAAGGAAUCCAUGACCACCGCGGAGAUCUCCCGCUUCCUCACCCUCAGCGCCGUCAAAGACCACCCGUGGCACCUACAGGGCUGCUGCGCCCUCACCGGGGAAGGGCUGCUUGCUGGGCUCCAGUGGGGCCACUGCCAACUGAUGUCCCAGUCGGACGCCAGCCAGGAACUUCAGGGUUUAGCACAGACUACUUGGGUGGAAAACCCAAGUGACUAUUUAUUACUUUUCUAUGAUUCUCUCUCUGGUGGGAGCAGGCACGGCGAUGGACAGGGAGAAGCCACUGCCCACCUCACUCCCCACAGAGGAGCUGGACUGGAUACCCUGGAUCGCUGCAGACAGGACACGCGCAGCUGCCCCUCGCUCCAGGGAAGCAGGCGUCCUUCCUGGAAACACCUGGAGAUGUUGGGUGGGUCAGGGGUGGAGCCUCCUCCCCUCAGUUCUGUAGGGAAAAUGGAGGGGCAGAGAAAGACAUCUUUCUUCCCCAGCACCCUACCACCUCCACCCUCCACCCUAAACCCCUCACCCCCGCCCCAGUUUUCUGGCCCCUCAGCCAUCUUUGGGCAAAGGAUGUUCUAGAAGGUAAAGGGGGUGGGCUCAGGGGAAGGAAGGCAGACCGAAAGCAGCUGGGAGGGGAGAGGGAGUGGGACUGGGAACAGUUCUUGGCUCUGCAGGGAGUUCACUCCUCUCACCUUCCCAUUCCCUGAGGUGCUGGCUCUGGCUCCGACCACAGCUUUUGCGCUUUAAGCCACACCAACUAUCGAUAUCCCCUUGACUCCCAGCGUCCUUCCAAUGUAAACCCCACUCCUGCCCAGGAUUCCAGAACACCUGUGCGUCUUGUUUGUCCUUUUGUGUUGAUUUUGUUUUGCAUUGUAUUAGAGUUUUAAAAUUUUUAAAUAAAGGUGUAAUAAAUGGCAUUGAAAAGUA